GGUGAGCACUCGACUUGUUCGGUUCGUUUAUAUAUACAUAUAGCGCGUAAGCCAAACGCUCCGUUUACAUUUUGCCAUUUUGAUCGCUUCCGCCGUUCCUUACGCGUCUUAUUCGAACGAAAUGACUGAAAUUUUAAGACAUUAACACACCUUGAAUCAGAAAGAGAAACGCUGCAAAUAACACACAUAAAUACAGAUAUAGAAAGGCAUAUAAUAAGUGAUCGUUUAGUGUGAAAAGUGAAUUUCAAAAGAAUUUAUGUAAAUGUGCAUAUUUUGAAUUUCAACGUAGUAGUUAAAGCCAUUUUCGAUAAAAGCAUCGUUCGUGCAGUUAUUUGUGUAUUUUCUUGGAGUAUCCGAAUCUGACGUACAACAAAAAAAAAAAACUCUUAUUACCCAAAAUGGCAUACCGGUGCUUUUGGAGGAGCAUUACCAAUAUCACAUUGGCCAUAGUUAUUAUUACUUUAAAUAUGCGCAUUUGCAGAGCGGCUCUUUGGCCUAACUUUAGUAGUGAGAAAGCUGAAAAAUGUAGUGGCGGUGUGGGAUUAAAAUACUUAUCCGGUGAUGCGCUCACCGAUUCACCAGAUUGUUUAGGACCAAACAACUCACCUUAUCCGAGUGCGGCUGUGGCACGAACAUUUUCGAAUUGGAAUGGCAACGCCAGACGUGGCCGGCAAAGCAAAUUCCCCUCAACUCUGGACCCGGCGAUAACAAAAAGCGCACUACUGCGUGCCUACGAUGAAGUGAACAACGAUUCUCCCGCCAGCAAUCGUUAUGGACGUUCGCUAUCAAAUGGACCAAUUGUCCAGUGCAGAGAAACGCCAUCACGAUUAUGUAAAACACGCUACAAUACAACAGCGCCAAUGUAUGGAGUUAGUUUGACUUCAGGACAGCCAGUGACUAUUGUACAAAAAUUUCCCGAUCUGUUACAACAAGUCGUUUUCGAAGUUUGCGAAUCAGGUGAAUGUGAUGUUGUACGCGGCGAAUGUACUCAAACUUAUGUGCCGUACCUGUUUCUUGUUAUACCACUGGGUCCAGUCACGUUGACUGGUCAGGAUUAUGUGCUGGUUGAAAGUGGUUGUGUUUGUAAACCGAAAUAUUCGACGGGGGCAGCACAGGAGCCAAAUAUGAUACCAUAAUUUCAACACAGAGCCAAAUAACUAAAUACAAACACACAGAAAUGGAUUAUGUUAAAAAUAAUAUUUAUCUAUGCACUAUUGAUAUACUGUUACAUACACAUAAAAAAAAUGGACAUUUGUUUGCAUAAAAAUAAUGGAAAAUCGUUGCCUAUAGAAAAUUAAGAUGCCCGUGUACUGACACAAAUGCAGUUUAGUUGGUGCAAGACAAAAAAUCUAUAAUUUUUUUAUGCAUUUUAGGAAAACAUUUAUGAAUAUUUGCAACGAAUGCCCAUUUUGCGUAUUUGUUUAUUAUUUUUCAUUAGCAUUAAAUUCAACAAGUUUUCUCUGUUGAAAGGUUAUAAUUAGUUAUAUAUAUAUGUACAUUAAGAUUAGAUGUAAAAUACAUAUGUACAUAAGUAUGUAUUUAGUUAUUAAAAACAAACAAACAGCAAUUGAGUUUUAGGUACAUUUUUACUUAGUGCACAUGUGUGCGUUAAGAUUUAUCGAGAUA